AUGGUAGUCGAUAAUGCAACGAGUAAUGAUGUCAUGGUGAGACUCUUAAAGCGAUGGCUACAUGACCAAGGAUUACUACAUUUGGGUGGACAAUUGUUUCAUGUGCGUUGUAGCGCGCACAUAUUGAAUUUAGUUGUUCAGGAUGGUUUGAAGGUGAUUGGUAGUCUUAUUUCAAAAAUCCGAGAAAGUGUGAGAUAUUUAGGGAGGUCUCCUUAUGGAAAACAAAAAUUUGAUGUUGCAGUGAAUCAUGUUAAGUUACAUCAUAAAAAGAAAGUCCCCAUGGAUGUUCCUACCAGAUGGAACUCCACUUAUUCAAUGCUUGAAGCUGCAUUAGAUUUGAAAAGUGCAUUCCACCGCUUAGGGCAAAUUGACAAACAAUAUAAGCACAAUCCUUCUGAGGAUGAGUGGAAUGUAGCAAAUGUGAUUUGUGGGUGCUUGAAGAUUUUUUUUGAUGCUACAUCUCACUUUAGUGGUACCACUUUUCCGACUUCAAAUGUGUUUUUUCCCGAUAUUUGUCUUAUUCAACUUGAAAUGAAAAAAUGGGAGCAAAGUGAGUAUGAUUGCAUUCAAUUGAUGGCCGGUCCAAUGAGAGUGAAAUUUCAAAAAUAUUGGGAAGAAUGUUCUUUGGUGUUAGCAAUUGCAGUGGUUCUCGAUCCGAGAUUUAAAAUGGACUUGGUGGAAUACUACUUUGGGCUUAUUUCUAGUGUUGAUGCUAAUAAGCAUAUUCAGAGGGUCCGUAAUGGUUUUGUUGAUCUUUUUUUAUGA